AUGAUUGCCUCUCGCUCUGUCGCUGCUGCUGCUCGUGUGCACAAGCCUAUGAUCCACUUUUUGGGCAAGCGCAAUAUGCCCACUGAACCUCACGUCCCUGCUCCGCACCCUGCAGCACCUCCUGAGAGCCGCACGACCUUUGAAGAGUUCAGGCGCAAGUUCAGGGCAUACCAAUCUCCUGCUCCUCGCAAGAGCCACAAUGAAGACGUACAAGUAUACAACGACAUAUGGGACGCCCCUAGCCGCUUCUGGAGAAACCAGCUUGUCAUUUCCGAGCGUGAGAUGAAUGCAGUCAUGAGCGGCGGUGCGGCAUACUGA